GGAGCGCGAGCUGUGUGCACGAGCUGUGUGCACGAGGUCACUCGGUUGCUUCACCCGACCUUUGGACCUCAACCUUCACUUUCACAUCGAAACAUGCCACUCGGGUUGUUUUAACCGAGGCUGAUCCGGGCCGGAUCCAUCUCCAGAUUCUCUCGGAGCCCGACCCAGCGCCGCCGCCGCCGCCAUGGGUGAGUGGGGCUUCCUCAGCGACCUCUUCGACAGCCUGCAGGCCGACUCCACCAUGCUCGGCCGCUUCUGGCUCCUGGUCACGCUCAUCUUUCGGAUGCUGAUCCUGGGGACGGUGGCGGGCGACCUGUUCGAGGACGAGCAGGAGGAGUUCACCUGCAACACCCUGCAGCCGGGCUGCAAGCAGGUGUGUUACGACAUGGCCUUCCCCAUCUCCCAGUACAGGUUCUGGGUGUUCAACAUCGUCCUCAUCGCCUCGCCGGCCCUGGUCUUCCUCGUGUACGUCCUGCAUCAGCGCAAAAAGAGGAGCGACGGCGCCCCGGGGGGCCGGCGGGACGCCGAGGCCGAGUCCCGCUUGAGGAAGUUCUACCUCGUCAACGUGGCCUUCCGCAUACUGGCGGAGGUGGGCUUCCUGGUGUUCCAGUGGUCGCUGUACGGCUUCACGGUGGAGGCCCACUUCCCCUGCGACCGCUUCCCUUGCCCCCACACGGUGGACUGCUUCACCUCCCGCCCGGCGGAGAAGACCGUGUUCCUCCGCUUCUACUUCGGGGUGGGGGUGAUAUCGGCGGCCUCCAGCUGCGCCGAGCUUUUCUACAGCUCCCUGAAGUGGUUCUGCUGCUCGAGGAGGCGGGCCUACGACCCGGCCCGGAGCCGCCGCCGCCGCCGUUCCGCCGCCGACGAGGAACAGGGUGGGGGGGGCGGGGCGGAGGAGGAGGAGGAGAAACCGCCAGGGAGCGCGGGAAAGGUCAGCGCGGCGAGGCCCAAGGGAGGAGCGCGAGCGGGGAGGUCUCUGGCCGCCAGCAAAGUGAGGAAGGGCGGCAGAUAUGUGAGCGCGGGGCGCGCCGCCUCAAAGUAG